UGCGCCCACGUGGCAUCCCAGGGCGCUGUCCCGUCAGGCCUUCCUUUCCAGGCACCUUUUCUACUCUUUAUGCGCUCCUUGCUUGCCAUUGAUAGAGACUGCCACUGCCCACCCCUAAACAGAGCAGCCCAUUGUUCCGUGGCACUCGCGACCAUGGACUCCAUCGCCGUGGAUCCCGGUCCCGCCCACCGGCGCGUCGCGGCGACGCCGGCCGGAAUGGCCGGAGGAGGAGGGGAAGUUGGCGGUGAUGGAGCACAGGAGGUGGUGAUCGAUGUGAGCAGCAGCGACACGGAAUCCGACGACCCCGGCGGCGGGGGCGGGAAGAGGCCGCGGCUUGCUGCGGGACGAGGCGGGGGCGGGGAUCGGGAGGAGAAGAAGGCGAGGAUCUUGGCCGCGGCCUCUGCGGUCCCAGCCGGCUUCCUGGAGCCCCUCCCGCAGGCGAGGUUGCCGUUGCUCCCGGCGCCACCGCCGGAGAGGACCGUGACGAAGCAGUUUUGGAAGGCCGGCGACUACGACGGCAAUCCGCACCUGCUUGCCGUGGAUCCGGUGCAGCAUUCUGAUUCUGGAAUGGAGCAUGUCCGUGUGCAUCCCAAGUUUCUACAUUCCAACGCGACAAGCCACAAGUGGGCUCUAGGGGCUUUUGCCGAGCUGCUGGAUAACUCUCUUGAUGAAGUCAUGAAUGGAGCUACAUUUGUGAACAUUGACAUGAUAGAAAAUAAGAAGGAUGGAACUCGGAUGCUUCUCAUUGAAGACGAUGGUGGGGGAAUGAACCCAGAUAAGAUGCGGCAUUGCAUGUCCUUGGGUUAUUCUGCAAAGAGCAAAGUUAAGAAUACCAUUGGACAAUAUGGAAAUGGUUUCAAGACAAGUACAAUGAGACUUGGUGCUGAUGUCUUAGUGUUUUCAUGUAGUCGUGGUACUGAAGGAACAAGGACUACACAAAGCAUUGGGAUGCUAUCAUACACCUUCCUGAGAAGCACCAACAAAGAAGAUAUCAUUGUUCCUAUGAUCGAUUAUGAAAAAGAACAGGAAUGGGAAAGGAAGGUGCGCACAACAUGGACUGAUUGGCGUAUAAGCUUAGAGACUAUAAUACAAUGGUCUCCUUAUUCCACUGAAGCAGAACUUAUCCAGGAGUUUGGCUCCAUAGGGGAACAAGGAACUCGAAUUGUUAUAUACAAUCUGUGGGAGGAUGAUGAAGGAGAGUUGGAGCUUGAUUUUGAUGCUGAUGCAAACGAUAUUCAAAUUAGAGGUGUUAAUCGAGAUCAGAAAAAUAUCCAGAUGGCAAAUCAGUUUCCAAACUCCAAACACUUCUUUACUUAUAGACAUUCUCUAAGGAGUUAUGCAUCUAUUUUAUAUCUUUGGCUCCCGGAUAACUUCCGGAUGAUUUUGCGGGGAAUAGAGAUUGAACACCAUAAUAUUGUCAAUGAUCUGAUGCUAAAGAAGCAAUUUACUUAUAAGCCAGCAAUGGCCAACGGAUUUCCAAAGGAUACACAUAUGGCAGCUACUGUGACAAUUGGUUUUGUUAAAGAUGCCAAACAUCAUAUUGACAUUCAAGGGUUUAAUGUUUACCACAAAAACCGCCUAAUAAAGCCUUUCUGGAGAGUAUGGACUGCUGCUGGAUCUGGUGGCCGUGGUAUUAUAGGUGUACUAGAAGUAAACUUUGUAGAGCCAGCUCAUGAUAAGCAGGACUUUGAGCGCACAAAUUGUCUAGCAAGACUAGAAGCACGACUAAACCGAAUGCAGAAGAAAUAUUGGUCAGAUAAUCGCCAUCGAAUCGGUUAUCGUGUUGAUAGUGAUAGCACAAGUUCUGGGCGAAGAAAAAGAGGACUGUCUUCACACCGAUUUGAGAAAGGUUCCCAGAAGUCAAUUUAUUUACAAAGAAUCAAAAGUGCUGACAAAUCAUGUUCUGACCCAAAAAAUAAGAACAUUGAUGCAAGCAUGUCAUCCCCAGUAAUGACCAAGCCUAGUGCUCCUAAUAGGGAGUUCACUUCAAGAACGAUAUCCCACCAGAAAGCUGAAAUGUCUGCAAGUACCAUAAGACCUGAAAGAUCAGUUUUGCAUAGUUUGUCAAAUACAAGUGAUGGUGAUACUGAGAUUGCAAUUACCCCAUCCAGAUCAACUUCCCCUACCCUAAGGACACCUGAAAAAUCUAUUCGUAAGGUGAAUACUAGUUUGUCUUCACCAUCGCUCGAUGGAGUAAAACGAAGUGAGAGGAUUGCAGCGAGAUACCAAUCAAAGGAAGCAAAUGUAACAACUAAUGGAGCCAGGCAAUCUAGUGUUGACACUGAAGCUAUUAUCAAUCAGCUGAAGGAAGAAAAUUCAUCGUUGAAGGAGAGAAUCUUGAUGGUGCAGGAAUCAUUGUCAAGGGAACUGCAGAUCGAGCGGGAUAAGAAUAAGUGUCUUAUCGAGAGGCUCGAGGAUCUGGAGAGACAACUUGAUACUGCAACGAAGGAGCAAGAAGCAACGAUAGAACUCUUUGCAGAAGAAAGAAACUGCCGCAACCGAGAGGAGGAGAACCUAAAGAAGAAGCUCAGGGAUGCCUAUUCCACCAUUCAAGACCUGACGGAGAAGCUCAAUGCUGCUCGGAACUGCCACAAGAGAUGAAGGAGCAGUGGAAGUAACUCGGCAGCAGUAGCGCGCGUGCCAUCUCUUCUGUGAAGCAUGGUAGCAAAAAUAAUGUCGAAAUGGUUGUAGCCAAAAUAAUGCCGAAAUGGUUGUAGCCGGAGCAGCUGUUAGCAGCAGCAGAAUGUCAUGUAUAUGUUUUACACCCUGUUGCUAAAUGUGCAUGUAUAUAUGAUGUAUGUGUAGACGUGUAGUAUGUACCAGUGUACUACGAGAGCUGAAGUGCUACUAGCUAGGUACGAAGGAAUGGGUUCAUGCCUUCAUGGUAGAGUUCACCCGGCGCGUGUGGUUGUUGAGUUGACUAUAGCCACUCCCUGGCCGCCCGGCUCAUGUACUGCUGUACAUCUCCGCAGGUGCUAUCCACUUUGUUGUGAUGUAUGCUGUUCUGCGUGCCGUGCUGACUGCUGUC